AUGGCGAUGCCACCAAUCCCGCCUGGCAAACGGAAAGAAAUCUACAAAUAUGAAGCGCCCUGGACGGUCUACAGUAUGAACUGGAGUGUCAGGCCAGACAAGCGCUUUCGCUUGGCCCUCGGCAGUUUUGUUGAGGAGUAUAACAAUAAGGUUCAGAUUGUCAGUUUAGAUGAAGAGACAUCCGAUUUUUCUGCAAAAAGCACAUUUGACCAUCCAUACCCAACUACAAAAAUUAUGUGGAUUCCAGAUUCGAAAGGAGUGUUCCCAGAUCUGCUAGCGACCUCAGGAGAUUACCUGCGAGUUUGGAGAGUGGGGGAUACAGAGACCAGACUGGAAUGUUUACUGAACAAUAACAAAAACUCAGACUUUUGUGCCCCAUUGACCUCUUUUGACUGGAAUGAAGUAGAUCCAAACCUUCUAGGGACAUCAAGCAUUGAUACCACAUGUACCAUAUGGGGUCUGGAGACAGGCCAAGUCAUGGGUCGAGUCAACAUGGUGUCGGGUCAUGUGAAGACACAGCUGAUUGCACAUGACAAAGAAGUGUAUGAUAUAGCCUUCAGCAGAGCGGGUGGGGGCAGGGAUAUGUUUGCCAGUGUUGGUGCGGACGGAUCAGUCAGAAUGUUUGACCUGCGUCACUUAGAGCAUUCCACAAUUAUCUACGAGGAUCAGCAGCAUGUGCCUCUGCUGAGACUUGCCUGGAAUAAACAGGACCCCAACUACCUGGCAACGAUGGCCCUAGAUGCGCUUGAGGUGAUUAUACUUGAUGUGCGUGUUCCCUGUACCCCGGUGGCUAGACUCAACAACCACAGGGCCUGUGUGAAUGGCAUUGGUUGGGCUCCACACUCAAGUUGUCACAUCUGCACUGCAGGCGACGACCACCAGGCACUCAUCUGGGACAUCCAGCAGAUGCCUCGAGCCAUCGAAGACCCCAUCUUGGCUUACACAGCUGGGGGAGAGAUCAACCAGAUUCAGUGGUCAUCCACCCAGCCGGACUGGAUCAGUAUCUGUUACAAUAACUGCAUGGAGAUUUUACGUGUCUAA